AUGGGAACAUUUACGCUGAAAUAUUUUUUCAAGAAAGCAAUUUGGGAGAAGAAGACUUUGUGGGCAUCGGCAGCUGUAAUGGCAUAUCUCGGUUACUGCUACGAUCGGCAAGGUAUGUACAAAGCAAGCAUGAUGAAAGGACAAAGCAAAAUGUUUGCCGAUCGAAUUGCAGAAAUACCAGAGGUCAUUGAAAAUAAUGCAUAUUAUUUUUGCGGAAGUACAGCUUCUGGAUCACAGGAAUCCUCACUACCGCCCCCCGUGACAGUGCAGUAUCUCGAACUUUGA